GCUGGUCAGAGCUACACUCUGAAUGGGCUGGGGCUGGGAACAUUGCCCCAAAUGAGAAGACCUAGCCAGGAAUACUAGCAGACAAUUUUUCCACCAGAGGAAACCGGCCUUUUGGAUACCAAAAUCAUGGACCUGGAAUAUCUGUUGAGUAUGGACCCAGCUGCAAUUCUGCUAGUGCCUGUUGUGGUGGUGGUAACAGCAGUGGUUAUUUUCCUGCACAGUCUGGUGCUCAAGUUCUUGUCCACAGCAACAGUGCGCAACAAGGUGGUCGUGAUAACAGAUGCCUUAACAGGACUGGGAAAGGAAUGUGCAACGUUGUUUCACGAGGGAGGAGCUAGAGUCAUCCUUUGCGGAAAAACUUGGGAAAAACUUGAAGGUUUUGCUGAUAACCUGACUAGCGCUGCAGACCCUAAAUUAACCUUCCCUCCUAAACUUGUGCUGGUGGAUUUCGGUGACAUGAACAGCAUGCCAGAUGUGAUCACAGAGAC